AAAAUCACAAACGUCAAACUCAAAACUGUGAAACAACAAAGAGGCUUUCCCUGAACUUACUCCGCCUCCGCCUUAGUUGUGCGCUAAUAAAAUUAUAAUUAUAAUUUAAGAUGUCGGAAAAUGAGCUCCAUAAUGCGUAAGAAGACACAAGUGUCGUUUGUGAUUAGGGACGAAGAGGAGAGGCGGCAUAAAAAUGGUGUUAGCUCGCUUCAAUUGGACCCGAUUCAGGGCAGAUUGUACUCAGCCGGUCGGGAUGGUAUUAUACGCGUCUGGCAUACAGGUACAGGCACCCAAGAUAGAUAUAUCCAAAGUAUGGAGCAUCACACAGAUUGGGUGAACGAUAUAGUGCUUUGUUGCGGCGGUAAAAAUCUUAUAAGCGCUUCGUCAGAUACGACUGUCAAAGUGUGGAAUGCACCGAAAGGUUUCUGUAUGUCGACAUUACGUACUCAUAAGGAUUAUGUACGUACACUAGCGUAUGCAAAGGAUAAAGAACAGGUAGCGAGUGCUGGUCUCGACCGAGCUAUUUUUCUCUGGGACGUAAAUACUUUAACGGCACUAACUGCCAGCAAUAAUACAGUAACUACAUCUAGUCUCGUUGGUAACAAAGAGUCCAUAUAUAGCCUUGCUAUGAACCCACCAGGAACAAUACUUGUGAGUGGAUCAACUGAGAAAGUAUUAAGAGUGUGGGAUCCUAGAAAUUGUUCUAGAUUAAUGAAGUUAAAAGGUCAUGCUGAUAAUGUAAAAGCUUUAGUUGUGAGUCGUGAUGGAUUGCAAUGUGUCUCUGGUAGUUCGGAUGGCACAAUAAAGCUGUGGUCUUUAUCUCAGCAAAGGUGUGUGUCCACUAUAAGAGUCCACUCUGAAGCUGUAUGGGCUCUACUAGCUACGGAAACAUUUUCACAUAUUAUUUCCGGUGGACGUGAUAGAUUAGUUAUAAUAACAGAAUUAAAAAAUCCUGACAACUUUAUGAUUGUAUGUGAAGAGACUGCGCCUAUACUAAAAAUGUGUUUCACCGCUGACCAGCUAGGUGUUUGGGUGUCUACAUCAGAUUCUGAUAUAAGAUGUUGGAAACUACCACCACAUAACUCUUUAUCCGAUAUGUAUAACCAGAAUAGUUACAAUACAAAUAAUGUGUAUCAAACUCAACCUAUAUAUCAUAUACCUGGUGGCCGGGCCAUAAAACACUACACAGUAUUAAAUGAUAAAAGACAUAUUUUAACUAAAGACACUGCCAAUCAUGUUAUGCUCUAUGAUGUCUUAAAAGCUAGCAAACUCGAAGAUUUAGGUGAAAUAGAUUACGAUGAAGAGGUUAAAAAACGUUUCAAAAUGGUGUAUGUUCCUAAUUGGUUCAAUGUUGAUUUGAAGACAGGUAUGUUAACAAUACACCUAGGACAAGAUGAGACGGACUGCUUGAGUGCUUGGGUUAGUGCGAAAGAGGCUGGAUUAACAACAGAGAAUGAUCAAAAGGUUAACUUUGGUGCAUUAUUGUUGCAAGCAUUGUUGGAACAUUGGAAUCAUCCGAACAGGGCCAAUGAGGGUGGUCAAAAGGUUGUUGGUAAUAAUUUCUUUGGUGUUCCAUUGCAUACACCAUUAAUAUUCAGUGAAGUUGGUGGCCGAACACUGUAUAGAUUACAGGUUGGUGAUGCAGGCGGGGAAACAGAAGGCAAUUUGUUAAUGGAAACCGUACCAUCUUGGGUUGUGGAUGUUGCCGUAGAAAUGGCCGCUCCUAAGCUUAACAAAUUGCCAUUUUAUCUGUUGUCACAUUCCAGUUGUCAGAGCAAACAAGAUAGACAGAAAAAGGAUCGUUUGGUAGCAAAUGACUUCAUCCAAUGCCGGAAAGUGGCAGAACAUGUGGUGGAGAAGAUAGUGGGUGGUGGUGAUGUGAAUGGUGCCAGUGGCAGCAAACCAACUAAUGAGGACAGUGGUAAUGAUCCACCUGAAGAGCGAGUUGAAUUGCUGUGCUGUGAUCAGGUUCUCGAUCCAAAUAUGGACCUCAGGACAGUGCGCCACUUCAUCUGGAAAUCCAAUGUUGAGUUCACAUUACAUUAUAGAGUGUUGAAACAAUGAAAGUCAACUUUAUACUAUCAGAGGGUCAACAGACAUAUAAAAAAGUGUUGCUCCUUCCAGACGCUAUUCCAGUGAUAAAGUGUUAAAAAAACAGUGUUAUAAAAGGUGUUAAAAAAAAGUGAUUAAAAAACAGUGGUUAAAAUCGUAUAUACCUUUAGAUGCUUCUAACUGUAAAUAGCCUGACCAGGAACAUUGUGAACUUUUUUUGGCAAUACCAAUUUAAUAAAAAAAAAUCGCCAUGACAUUGACAUUUUCUUGUUGAAUUGUCAAAAGUAUGUAUUGGUGAGUAAUUUUUUAGUUCAUUAACAUUUUAAAUUAAUACCGAAAUAUUUUGAAACAUCUAUAAAAUCAUAAACACUUAGACUUCAUCAGUUCACUAUAUGAACAUGAGGGGCUCGAAGCAUACCCUAAUUUAGGGGUGAUUAGGCCAUAGUCAACGAUGCUGGCCAAGUUAUUAUCUUCACAUAUAUGUGCUUCACACGAUGUAUUCCUUCACCGUAAUAACGUUGGAUAAAUGUACAUAUGUAAAUCGAAAAAACAAAUUGGUACAUGGCGGGAUUCGAACCCAGGACCUGCAGAUUGCAAGUCAAGUGCUCAACCCCUGCUACUUAGACUUACAGUGUUGCAAUAUAAAAUGCGAUUAAGAUGUCCUCUGAUCAGAUCUAGUUCCUGGUUUCUGGUCACACUAUAACUUGCAAUGAAUAAAAUUGUCUAUGCCUUACACCUAAUACAGUUAAAUAAUUAAUUUAAGUAUUUACCUAAUAUAUUUAACUAUAACUUUAAUGUAUAUGUCUAUUUGCAUUUUUGUAUGUUACACAAUAGAUGGGAACUUCACCUAAUUGUCAUAUUGUCAUCCAUUUCAUUGUCUUUGAUAAAAUAGAGAAAUGUCAAUAAAAUUCACACACAUUAAUAGAAAUAAUAAUCUGAUAUUUAUGAUUAACCAAUUGAUUUAUGAGACCAAAAUCUUCGUAUGAAAUAUAUCGUCCUCUGUCUGACAAACCAGACGUAAUAUAUUCAAACGGAGAUUUUGGUUUUAGAAACCCAAGGUAAAUGUGUUAGUCAAAAUAUUAAAUACAUACAGUGGAAACUGGAUAAGUGAGAGUUUAAGACAUGAUAAUCUUGCUUAUAAAGGUUUCUAACCAUGGACAUCGCUAGUUAGCUAGGAUAUAUACAAUACUAGCUUUUGCCCGCGACUUCGUCCGCAUUGAAUUAAAAAAACUUAGUAGCCUAUGUGUUCUUCCAGAUUAAUACGGGGAUCUUAAUUGUAGCUCCUUUCUUCUAGACUUAGGCUAGAUCUUAGGCUGGUGUUGGCCAUGUUUCCAACCGAGGUUUCUCACUUAUGGAGGUCUAUCUAGACCAGAUGAUUCUCGCUUAUAGAGGUUCUCGCUUAUCCAGGUUGACUGUAUAUAAAAUCUAUAAGAUGAAAGUCUUAAUUUAGAAUAGACUCAUGAUUUGUAGGUAUAGAAUUUGUGGAUAAAAUUAAACAAAUUACAUACAUUUAUCUGGCCCGAUGAACAAAAGUUUAAAUAAUUUAGCCGUUAUGUAAUUUCUCUUGUUUUCUGACAGGACUAACCACAAUACCACUGUCACUGGGCCAGAUAAUGUACUAUUAUUAUUAAUCACUAGCCCACAUCUCAGUCUAUAAAUAAUUUAAAAAAAA